ACCUAUAUAUAAAACCACCACCGCGCCGCCGCUCCAUCAACUCAUCCAUCUUCUUUCCAUGCCACGGAGCCAGAGCUGCGAGACAAAGUACUUACAACAAAAGCUAGGCACCAGAGCCCUCACGGAUCCGGCGAUGGGAGCAGCGGUGAAGCGCGCGAGGGAGGAGGAGCCGGUGUCGCUGGCGCUGACGCUCACCACGGACUCGGCGGCGUCGUCCACCACGUCGGCCGACUCGGCCGGCGCGCCGGCGGCGCCCAGGAAGCGGGCGCGGCGGGGCAGAGUGGUGGCCACGUCGGGGGAGGGGGAGUUCGUCUGCAAGACCUGCAGCCGGGCGUUCGCCACGUUCCAGGCGCUGGGCGGGCACCGGACCAGCCACCUCCGCGGCCGCCACGGGCUGGAGCUCGGCGUCGGCGUCGCCAGGGCCAUCAAGGAGCGGAAGCGGCAGGAGGAGAAGCCGCACGAGUGCCACAUCUGCGGGCUGGGGUUCGAGAUGGGCCAGGCGCUCGGGGGGCACAUGCGGAGGCACCGUGAGGAGAUGGCGCUCCGCGGCGGCGACGACGGUGACCAGUGGGUGUGGCGCGGCGUCGGGGUGCUGGAUCAGGAGGCGGUGGGGCGCCAGGCCGCCGCCAGUUACGAGCCGCCCGUCUUGCUCGAGCUCUUCGUCUAGGUAGCUAGCUGGAUCUACUAGUAGUUUUUACAUUUUCUUGAUUGAGGAAAUCACUUGUACAUGUCUUUGAUUAGGAUGAUAUUAUGAGAUAAUUGUAGGACAUUGUAAUUACGGAUUCACGGUUCGAUAGAGUACGUUUUUGCCGGUUGGUGUCUCUGUUCU